AUGGAGAGGGGGUGGAAGAGGGAGUGCCAUCCCCUGCUGAAAGGAGGGAGGAGGGCCGGCGAAGGGCCUUCUCAUGGCUUCUCCAAGGCCCAGGUGCGGGCCUUAGCCGCCAUGUGCGAAGCUCUGAUCCCACCUCUCGAGGCGGAGAACCUCUCCAUCCCCGGCAGCAGAGAGGAGCCCCCCAGCAAGAGCCUCCAAACCUUCUACCGGGCCUCCGGCGCCGAUCCCCCUCUCCCCGACGAGGUUCGCCGGCUGAUUCUUCCUCCUUUCUCUCUCUACCUUCUUCUUCUCUCUCUAAUUCCGCCGCCUUUGUGCUUGAGCAGGUAGCGGAGCUGAUCGGGAAGGGCCUGUCGGAGGGCACCUAUCUGAUGAAGGCCGUUCUGUGGGCUCUGUCCACCCGUCUGGGGACCCUCACCCUCUGUAGAUUGGUCUGCCUGUCAGGGGAAUUCCCUUUCGUCCACCGAUUCUCUGAGCUUCCGCUGAGGAAGAGAGAGAAGCUGCUGCAGAGGUGGAGCCGGGAGACCUUCUUCCGGCCGCUGAGGCUGGUCUUCCUCCUCGUCAAGAUCCUCGCCCUGUAUAACUUCUUCUCCAGGGUAAUAACAUCUCUUUCCUCUCACUGUUCAUUCACCGGGUGAGCCUUCUUCUUCUUCCUCUUCCUAGACUGACUCUCUCUCUCUCUCUCUCUCUCUGGUUUCAGUUGGACGAGAACUUGGAGAAUCGGGCAUGGGAGGCGAUCGGGUACCGCCUCCCCGAAGAAGAAGGGCCUGGCAGAGCACGCGGAGAGAGGCUGCUGGAGAAGGGAGUGGUGGAGAUGGAGAAGGAGACGGACUCAUCCUUGCUCAAGUCUCUGUCGCAGAAGGGCCUCAGGGUGCACGAGGAUCUCACCGAGGACGUCCUCAACGUCGAGUGCGACGUGGUGAUCGUCGGCUCCGGCUGCGGCGGCGGGGUCGCCGCCGCCGUCCUUGCCGGCUCCGGCUUGAAGGUGGUCGUCCUCGAGAAGGGGGGCUACUACGUGGGGGAAGACUACUCCUCGAAGGAAGGCCCGUCCAUGGAGAAGCUCUACGAGGCGAAGGGAAUCCUCAGCACCCUCGACGGGAAGAUCAUGAUCUUGGCCGGCGCUACCGUCGGCGGCGGCUCCGCCGUCAAUUGGGCGGCCUGCAUAAGGACGCCGGCGGACGUGAUGAGAGAGUGGGCGGAGGACUACCGCCUCUCCCUCUUCCGAUCCUCUGACUACCUCUCCGCCAUGGACGCCGUCUGGAAGAGGAUCGGCGUCACAGAGAGAUGCGCAGAGGAGGGUUUGCAGAACAAGAUCUUGCGCAGGGGCUGCGAGAAGCUCGGGCUGAAGGUGGAGUUUGUGGCGAGGAACUCGCCGGAGGGCCACUUUUGCGGGUCCUGCGGCUACGGCUGCCCCACUGGCGAGAAGCGCGGCACCGACACCACCUGGCUGGUUGACGCCGUCGACCACGGUGCGGUGCUCAUCACUGGCUGCGAGGCCGAGAAGUUCCUCCUCGAGAAGCAGAAGACGAAGACGAAGACGAAGAAGUGCGUCGGGGUGGCGGCGCGGGCCGUCGCCGGCGAGGUGAAGAGGAGGCUGCGUGUUCACGCGAAGGUGAGCAUCUCCUCCGGUGGGGCGCUGCGGACGCCGCUCCUGCUGGCCGCCAGCGGCCUCAAGAACCGCCAUAUCGGGAAGAACCUGCACCUCCACCCGGUUAUCAUGGCGUGGGGGUACUUCCCUGAAGCGGGGUCGGACCUUCCCGGGAAGGUCUUCGAUGGGGGGCUCAUCACGUCGCUGCACAAGGUAGAGGAGCCCGCCGGCGGCAGCGGGGGGAGCAGGGUCAUCGUGGAGACGCCGGGGUUGGGGCCGGGGUCGUUCGCCACCUUGACCCCGUGGGUUUCGGGGAGGGACAUGAAGGAGAGGAUGUGCAGGUACGAGAGGACGGCCCAUCUCUUCGCGCUGGCCAGGGACCGCGGCGCCGGCGCAGUGGAGGGCGACCGGAGGAUAAGCUACAAGUUCCACGCCGGCGACAGGGAGGAGCUCCGGCGGGGGCUGAGGCGAGCGCUGCGGAUACUGGUGGCCGCCGGCGCCGCCGAGGUGGGCACCCACCGGAGCGACGGGGAGAGGAUAAAGUGCAGGGGGUUGAAAGAGGAGGAGCUGGAGGAGUUCCUCGAUGGGGUGGCGCCGCCGAGGGGCCCCAGCUCCGGAGACAAGCUGUGGUCCCUCUACGCCUCCGCGCACCAGAUGGGGAGCUGCCGGAUGGGCGCCAGCGAGGAGGAGGGCGCCGUCGAUGAGAACGGGGAGAGCUGGGAGGCGGAGGGCAUGUUCGUCUGCGACGCCAGCCUCUUCCCCACGGCGCUCGGGGUGAACCCCAUGAUCACCGUCGAGUCCAUCGCCCUCUGUCUCUCCCAGCGGAUCGCCAGGUCCAUGGCCGCGGGGAAGACCACCACCACCACCACCCAUUGA